CCCCGGCGGCGGCGGCGCUGCCCGGCCCGGCCUGGUCCCGGCUCCGAGCCACUCCCGGCCUCUUCCCGAGCCGUUCCCGGCCUCUUCCCGCAGUCCCCAGCGGGAGCCGCCCCGCCCCGCCAUGCCCCCCAAGAAGCAGCAGCAGCCGGCGGGGGGCAGCAAGAAGGCGGACCAGAAGAAGAAGGAGAAGAUCAUCGAGGACAAAACGUUUGGCCUAAAGAAUAAAAAAGGUGCAAAGCAGCAGAAGUUUAUCAAGGCUGUGACUCACCAGGUGAAGUUUGGUCAGCAAAAUCCCCGUCAGGCUGCUCAAACAGAAAGUGAGAAGAAAUUAAAAAAAGAAGACAAGAAGAAGGAAUUACAAGAAUUAAAUGAGCUCUUCAAGCCUGUGGUUGCUGCACAGAAAAUUAGCAAAGGUGCUGACCCCAAAUCUGUAGUUUGUGCUUUCUUCAAGCAAGGACAGUGCACUAAAGGAGACAAGUGCAAGUUUUCUCAUGAUUUGUCUUUGGAAAGGAAGUGUGAAAAACGGAGUGUCUACAUUGAUGCCAGAGAUGAAGACCUUGAAAAAGAUACAAUGGACAACUGGGAUGAGAAGAAGCUGGAAGAAGUGGUGAACAAGAAGCAUGGUGAGGCGGAAAAGAAAAAACCCAAAACUCAAAUAGUCUGCAAAUAUUUCCUUGAUGCUAUUGAAAACAACAAAUACGGGUGGUUUUGGGUCUGUCCAGGAGGAGGAGACAACUGUAUGUAUCGCCAUGCUCUGCCUCCGGGCUUUGUAUUAAAGAAAGACAAAAAGAAGGAGGAAAAGCAAGAUGAAAUUUCCUUAGAAGACCUAAUAGAAAAAGAGCGUGCUGCCUUAGGACCAAAUGUUACCAAAAUUACUCUAGAGUGUUUUAUUGCAUGGAAGAGAAGAAAAAGACAAGAAAAAAUUGAUAAGGCUGAGCAAGAUAUGGAGAGGAGGAAAGCAGAUUUUAAAGCUGGCAAAGCAUUGGUGAUUAGUGGACGUGAAGUAUUUGAGUUCCGGCCAGAGCUGGUUGAUGCAGACGAUGAAGAAGCAGAUGACACCCAUUAUGUUCAAGGAGCAGGAGAUGAUGAUGAGAUGGAAGACCCUGUGUGCAUAAAUGAUGUGGAUUUGAACCUGUAUGUCCCCAAGGCAGUGGAGGAGACUGGUAUUACAGUGGCUAGUCCUGAGCGAUUCAGCACGUACACUUCAGUAGAAAAAGAUGAUAAUAAAUUAAGUGAAGCUUCUGGUGGUGAUAUAAACAGCAGCGAGCAAAAUGAUUUAGAGGAAGAUAAUGAUGGAGAUGGGGAAUUGGAAAAUGGAGUAAUUGAUGCUGUUCCAGUUGAUGAAAAUCUGUUUACUGGAGAGGACUUGGAUGAACUAGAAGAAGAACUAAACACUCUUGAUUUAGAAGAAUGAACUAAAAAGCUCAAGUGAGGAAUUAAAUCUAUGUGACAAAGUGAAAACUGACUACAUUUUUUCUCCUUUUUGAAUAGAAUUCUUAAACAAGAUGUUUUUGGUUAUGCAGCUGAAUAUGAUGGGCACGUGGUAUCCCAGGAAUGUUUUCCUUCAAUCUCAUCUACUCCAGUCUUGACUAUGCUCACAGUAAAACUUUCAGAGUAGGUCAGAAUUACUCGACAGCUGAAUUUGCAGACAGUGAGAUUAGAACUUUCAACUAAAAGUAAGAAGUGUAACUGCUUUGCCAGUAUGCAAGUGGGCAAUUUGACACCAGGUACAGUAUAAAAAUCCAAGUAUUCAUUCUUCACAGAAAUUGCAUUUUUAUUAGUGAUUGGUGUUGAUUUAGAAACUGCCUGAAGUGGUUUUUAGGCAGGACACUCUAAUGGAGCUGAUGCAGAUUAUGCUUCUUUAAGUGGUGAUUAGCUUUACUUGAUCAGCUGGAUACUGAAGAUUGUCAACUGAUAGAUCAUACAAUACAAUGUGGUGCCCUCUGUUUAAAAUAUUUUAAACUUUCUCACCACCUUUUGCCAAUAAAUCUGUAAAUAAAAACUAUCAACUUUAAAAUACCUGUGUUGAUUUUUCUCUGCUGAGUUAGGAUAUCAAACCAAACCGUUAAGAACUGGAUUUUCUAAUAGAGUGGUAAAUGUUUUUCUCUGCAGUCUUGAUACAGAAGUGAUGAUGUUGGCUUCAGUUAAAUUUGGACUACCUGUAAUUACAAUUUUUUUGCUUACACUUGAUGCAGUGUAAAAUUCAGCAGCCAGCUUUUCUCCCUUCCUGUUCUUCCUUCCUGCCCACCCGUGUACUGAUGUGAUACCUGCUGUGCAUCACUCCCUGCCAUUCCAGCCUCGUCCUUUCCCCACUGUCUUUUGUAGACUGGUGAAGACUCCAGGGAUGUUGAGGUGCAGACAAUGCCUGGCUUGCCUUUGGAGCGCUGGAAAUAGCAGGAGGUUGUGCAGGGCUGAGUUACCUGAGGGCAGAGCAGUGCUGUCAGGCUGCCAUCCACUCAGUGUGUCCUUUCCCAAAGGAUUGAGGCCCUGCCAUAAAGGUUUCUCAGUGGUGGUGCUUUCACAGGCUGUGUCUCCUUGCCAUAAUACCAGUAAUAUCUGCAACAAUAUUGCUGUACUGAAGAUACCAUUGAUAUCAAUUUUUCUAAAGCCUUUUAAGUGCUACUUAAAGACCAUUAAGAGUCGAGGUGUUGUUAGUGAGCUCUCCCGAACUGCUCUUGGGUGGGAAUAUUGGCUUCAUAAUGGUUAUUUCUGGCACUGCUGAAUUGACUCUUGUACCCUGAAUGCUAUUUCUAAAUUAGCUGACUUAGACUUUUUUUUGCCCUUUUUGGGAUCUUUGUGGAAUUCGUUUUCUCCUGUAGGAACAAGAAGCAGUACUUGGGAGAAAGAGGCCUGCAGAACUUGACUUCUAAAUGUAAGUGUUUAAGGAAAAGCUAAAUAUCGGAUGGAACUAUUUAUUUAUGCAGAUUUUCCUCCCCGUGGCCAUAAAUAAACAGUGUUGAUGGAUUGUUGUAUUAUACUGGCCAGCAAUAAGAUACCUGGCUAUUGGGACACUUAAGAAUGCAAUUCAUUUGAAUGUAUGUUGCAUAAUUUUUCAAAGUUGUAUAUUUUAAAUGGGAAUAAAAGUAAUUUAAUCAUUA